AGAAAUACACACAAAAGCCUUUUCCAUGUUUGGAAAUCUUCCUGAUGGCAGGUGUGUGUGCCAAGAGCCUAAACAAGAGAUGCAGGGACCAGAAUUCCCUCUUUUUUUCUUUCUUUCUUUCUUUCUUUUUUUUUUUUUUUUUUUAAAUAUGCAGAGUAUUUUAAACCCUUUUAUUUCAGUUCCAAAGGACCUGAACAUGAACUCUCUACUCUCUAAUAUAACUAGAACUUAAAAUCAGUUUUCGUGUUUAUUACAGAAACUGAACGUUCUUGGAAAAACAGACCUACAUAUUUUUAUCUUGGACUUUUACAAGAAAAAUCUAAGUAAGUCAGUCUGACACAGAACAUGAUGUGUUAGUGUGAAAAAUGUUUGCGCUCCUUCAGUGACAUGGUGUGUGAGGUUAUUGACUACAUCAGAAUAUUGUGUCCUCAGUUUUAUCUAUAAAUAAUCUGAGCUCUAUUGCCCCUUCGAGUCUUAUUGAGAGAAGCUUAUAACGAAAGACGACAGAUGUGUGUGCUUAAAAAGGAGUUUUAAUCUUUAACUUUAUUGCCUCCCUUUCACGUGGGAUUGAACUAAAUCCAGCGGAAACAGGUGCUUCUGUUCCUGCUGCAUUGGGUUACUCUACCAUUUCAUGCUUAGUGAGUCGCCUCAUACCCAAGUUCAGGUCCUGCUUCACUGCAUUACAUGUUCAGUUCAUGGCUUCAGAUCGAUUUCAUACCGAGAAAUUAUUCGGUGUUGAAAACGCAUAAUUUUAAUUAAAUGAAAUGUACUAUGCUUAUUUGAAUAGUAACUUAACAUUACAGUACAUGAUUAUUGUCCACGUGACUAUUCAAUACGUCAUUUAUGAAUUCUGCAGGUAUAAUAACAUCUGAUGAACCUACGAGCACAAUUUAUCAGAUAUCACUAAACUCUUAAUUAAAACACAUUUCCAACGUUUUCAGUUGGUCUUACUGGUAUGCAGUGAUCUGUGAUAGUUUCUGGUAUGGAGUUUGACUGAUGAUAUUGAGACAGGCGAGCUCGUGUUGAGGAAACGACGAGCUGAUGACAGCAGCAGUGAAACGGUACCAUAUGAUUGGUUUGGCUGCAGGUGAGACCUCUGGGACUGGCUGAUGGACAUGCGUGCACGGACAGUCCUACAGCGCAACUUCUUGUGUGAAAAGGAGAGACAUCAAGACGCUGAUAAGGAAAAUGGUUUCAGGAAGGCAAUAAAAAAUGCUUCUCUCUCAGUCAAGGCCACGGCUAUGGGGCUUUAGGAGCCUGUCUCGUGUGUGCAGUGAGUUAUUAAGGCAGUGUUGCUGGCCAGUGUCCAGUCUCUCUGCAGCUCUGCGUCCGUGUUGCCUGAUUUGCAUUGCGAGUGCUGCCAAAGCAAUCUCACUCGUGUGAAUGGUCUCUGUGCAUGAUGUCUUUAGUAAUAAAACGCACCAAAAAACAAGCCUAUAGCCAGUAAUCAGAUUCUGCUCUUCUGCUCUUCCACUGUUCAGUGUUGGUCUCUACUCAGAUUGCGAGGCCAGUCCCGGCUCGGACGGCGAGGUGCUGGCGGAGAGGUCGUCGUGCUCGCUCGGUAGCCCCGCGGAUCUGAACCCCGGCGCCUCCAUGGAGGAGAUCCAGGUGGAGCUGCAGUGCGCGGACCUGUGGAAGCGCUUCCACGACAUCGGCACGGAAAUGAUCAUCACCAAGGCGGGAAGGAGAAUGUUUCCUGCCAUGAGAGUUAAAAUUGUGGGACUGGAUCCACAUCAGCAGUAUUAUAUAGCCAUGGACAUAGUACCUGUGGACAACAAGAGAUACAGGUAUGUUUAUCACAGCUCAAAGUGGAUGGUGGCUGGAAAUGCAGACUCUCCUGUACCCCCACGUGUGUAUAUCCAUCCGGAUUCACUGGCCUCUGGGGACACGUGGAUGAGACAGGUUGUCAGCUUUGACAAACUGAAACUCACCAACAACGAGCUGGAUGACCAAGGACAUAUCAUCCUACACUCCAUGCACAAGUAUCAACCACGUGUCCAUGUGAUCCGGAAGGACUUCAGUAGUGAGCUCUCUCCUACUAAGCCAGUGCCCACUGGGGAGGGAGUGAAGACUUUCAGCUUCCCUGAAACUGUUUUCACUACAGUCACAGCGUAUCAAAACCAACAGAUCACCCGACUAAAGAUUGACCGCAAUCCGUUUGCUAAAGGUUUCCGCGACUCGGGGAGAAACAGGACAGGUCUGGAGGCGAUCAUGGAAACAUAUGCCUUUUGGAGACCACCUGUGAGGACGCUUACAUUUGAGGAUUUCACUAAUAUGCAGAAACAGCAAGGAGGGAGCACUGGCACAUCUCCUACUACCUCGAGCACCGGUACACCAUCUCCUUCAAGUGCGACUCACCUUCUCUCUCCCUCCUGCUCUCCUCCUACCUUCCAUCUUGCUCCCAACACCUUCAAUGUGGGCUGCAGGGAAAGCCAGCUGUGUAACCUGGGGCUGUCUGAGUAUCCUGCCUGUGCCCGAAGCAAUAUGCCAACCUUACAGGGCUACGGAGGACUGGCUGAUGGAUCCUACGGCCGUCUCCAGUCAGCAGGUGGCAGCAUGGCCUCCACCCAGCCUUCAGACUCUUUCUUGCCCCAGAGGACUUCCUCUUUAAUUGCAGCAGGAAUGCAGGGCAGCACUCACACCUCAUUGCCCACCAGUAGCAAUGGCGGAGGCAGCAGCAGUGGCAAAAUGGAUGCUUAUGGAAGUCAGUUGUCAUCUUUCCCCACCUCCCAGCUCCAGUAUGUGAUGCAGGCAGGGGCAGGUACGGCCUCUGGCUCAUCCUCUUCUCCAGGGACUUCACCUUCCUCGGCUCACAUGUUUUCUGGGAGUCAUCACCACAUGCAGCAGGGCUCAUAUAAUGCCUUUUCGUUGCACAAUCCCUACAACCUCUAUGGAUACAACUUCCCAGCUUCCCCACGCUUGGCCACCAACUCAGAGAAAUCUCAGGCCAGCCUGCUGUGCUCAUCCUCUUCUGCCGGGGCCUUUGCUGAGCGUCAGUACCUAUCCAGUGGCAGCAUGGACAGCAUGCACAUGAUAGGAAAUCCCAGCAGUAGCCAGCAGGUGUCCACAGCCUGCGAUGGUCGCCAGUAUAGCGCCUCCUCUCAAAUGUCUAUGCACAUGGUUUAAAAGAAUGAAAAACAGGGUGAAACUUUGUGUGUCAUCAGAGCGAGAAGUCAUAUCAAACUGUUUCUCAGUCUGUUUUUCUGCUAUCGUAGAAUUUUAGCGUUUUUUAAAAAUCAGAUCUUUGGUGUGUACUUCAUAUGUUGCUGAUGGACAAAGGUACAGAGCAAAUCUUGAAGCCUUUUAAAAAGAGGCUAAUCAUCUCAUGUGCAGACUUUAAAGCACUAAUCAGAUGUACACGGACAACAUAAAUGUGUUAUUUAUGUAAUUUUCCUUAUGAUACAUGCCAAAAAUAGGCAAAUACAUAUAAGCUCAUAUGAACCUGCCUUAUGUACUUUCCAAUCUCAAUCCAAUGCAGUAUUGAAGCAAAUGAAGUCUUUGUCUUAUGAAGGUGCACAUGACGGAUUCUAGUGAGAUUUGGUGCAAUAAUGGACUCAUUGAAUCAUUUCUUAUCACACACAUCCUUUAUCUAAAUAAUGGACACUCAAAGCUGACCUAGGUGUUGUUUGUGUUAAAUGAUAAAAGCAGAUCAAUCUGCUUCACAACAAAGUAAUUUCAGAGAAAUGGAAACAUUAUGCAGUGUUUUUAGUGAAUAUUAUUCACCUGAAAAAGUGGAAAAAGUUAACCUGAAGGACACUGAUGGACAGGAACUGGAUUUGGAGGACUGUUACUUUUGGUAAAUUUGUCCUUGCCUAUUUUAUUAGAACUUACUUAACUAAAUUUGGAGUGUAUCACCUUUUUUAGACACUAAGCUUGAAUGUUGAUGUGUGGAAAACAUAGAAUACCAGAGUAAUAAAUGUAUGUUUUGGAGUGCUGUAGAAGUGUAAAGUAUUUAAGUGCUAUGUGACAAAACAAAUGUGCAGUAAAUAUAAGUGCCAAGCACAAAACCUCAGCAAUGCAAUUCAAUUCCUAUAACAUACACUAUUUUUGAGCCUGUGUAAGAAUUAUUCUUUCAACUGAUUGCAAAAUAAGUAUAUCAACAUGAUAAAGAAGGGGCAAUCAUUUGCUUCCCAAAUAUGCAGGAAAUGUAAAUAGUUGGUCAUAAGCUUGCAACCAAAAUCAAUUUUUUUGUCAACAUUGUGUGUAAUAAAGGACAUAUCUGUCAGGACUCAAAAGACACAAACCAAAGCUCAUGUUUUGACAUUUUAAAAUGCUGUACACGCCACUUUUACAACAACUGUUGAAAGUUCAAAGUUUUUUCAAGCAUGAAAGUGAGGAGACAGGCCAGUAUGCUUCUCAUAAGGUAUGACUGAGAGCUUGGUCUUCUGGACUGGACAGUGAAUGUAAAUCUGUGUCUCCUUCAAACAUAUGUCUCUAUUGUUGCCAUGUGCAUGAGACAGAGUAAGUUCAUGAGGAUCUGAAAAUGAAUAUUAUAAAUAAAUAAAUAAUAAAGGAUUAAUGCUGCUGUUUGUUUGAUAAAAAUCUCACGUACAUGUUACAUUAACCCUUGCUGUUUAUGAUGCAUGUUAAUAUACCACCAGCUCUGAGAGAAAGACAGAGAGUGACUUACUGGCUUGGUUGGACGUGGAUCGUUUUUUACAUUUCACAAUUUAUGUCUGCUUUUAAUAUAGUAAUAAUAUAUUUUUGGUCACUCUUCUUGUCUUGGUUAUACUUCUCAUUAUCCAGGCACAGAAACCAGUGAUUUAGAAGCACAAUCAGCAUCUAUUACAUGGAUGUCUUCAGAAGUGAGUCUUUUUUUCCCCUCGCUCUCAAUUACUCUCCCUAUUCCGCUCUCUUUCUUGGUCCCUCUCAAAUCAUCUCCCAUCAGUGCUCAGUUUCACCUCUGAAAUAUCAGAUCUGAAUCAUCUGAAUGGGUAGUGGACCAUGAAGACAUCCCUGUGUAUUAGAAACACCUGUUUCCUAAACUCUGCUCUAGUAAUGAGUGGAUAUUUUGUUGAGUGCAUGAUUUCAUAAUUUGGAGUAUCUCCAUCAAAUCUGGACAUUGUUUCCAAGAAUAAUUCACAUUUAUUUGUAUGAUGAUAUUCUCUGUGCCAGUAGCAUUGCCAAUCAAGUGGCCCCAUGAGCAAAUUUAUGUGCUUAUGAGGUUGCGCCUUUAUAGACACACAGUGUUACACACCGAACACUGAUGAUGUGCUAAGGCCAUAUCCUGUGGUAUGUGGACAGCAUUGCUGUGGGUCUGAGAAUGUCUGGAAUGAAUCAGGAAUUGAAAAAGUUGGUAGCUGGUUUAAUUCCUGGUAAACUGUUGCCCUCUUGUGUUUAUCUUUUUCUCUGUCAUGGAUUCAUUAUUUUGUGUGUGUAGAGAAUAAACAAUAAUUACGUAUGUAUGUAGGUGUUUGAGUAAAUGUAUCAUAUUUAUGAUGACAUGCCAACUUUGUUAUAAUGCCAUAAAUAAAGAAAGCAUGUUGCAGUUAUGAUAUUGCAUUAACAAAUGUCCAGUUGUUGCAUAAGGACAAAAAUCAGACCUGAAUCUGGUGCUUUUAUCAUAUUAUCAUAUUAUUUAGUUUGAUCAAAUGGGAUGAUGUCAAAAGGCAGAUAUGGUAUCAUUUCUACUUAAUACUUCAUAGUAGUUACAUACAUUUAUACAUUUACAAGUAUUUUCAUGGUCAUGAUUAAACUGAAAUCCCACUCACAUUCAGUUUGGUGAGACAAUACAAUUCCUUCCAUUCUUUUAAUUUUGUCUCUCACUGGUUGCAGCCCUGUAAAAACUUCUUCCAUGCUUUUAAUUUCUCUCUGAACUGGUUGUUUUUGGCUUUUUUCUCCACAGGGAAGCCAUGAGGGAGAGAA